AUGGAUUAUCAGAAUCGGGCCGGGUCCAAAAAGGGCUCUGGUGGCAUUGCCUCUGCUUCACAGGAGAAUCUGCACAGAAGAAAACAAGUUGAAGAGCUGUUAAGAGAUGGCGAAGAGGUACCGUAUUCCUUUCAAGGCGUCAGUAAAGAGGAUGAAGAGCUCAGCAAGAAGAAUCCCUACAUAUACAAGAAUCAUGCGGGCCGUUUGGUCUGCAAGCUUUGCAAUACCAUACAUAUGUCGUGGUCUAGUGUGGGAAGACAUCUAGAGGGUAAGAAACACGGGCUGAACCUACUGCGAAGGGGCGGAGGUUCUAGUAUCAACCAACAGGAGGGACUGUCACAGGAGGAAACGGAGUUCAAGCAACAAGUGGAACAACUUCGCUCUCAAAUUAAAGACAAUGAUGUGCUUCCUGACUAUCAAGUAGCCAAAAUUCAAGAUCCCACAUCGGGCUCGCGAGGAAUAGCCAUGAAAUUUCAAUACCCAAAGGAAAAGUCCACUCUAGACAAGGAAGAUCGCCCGUUUGUGAGAAUCAUGUCCAGUUUAGAGCUGUCCAGCGACGAUAAUGAAGACAAAAAAUACGUUAUAGUGGCUUUCGAGCCUUUUAAAACAGUGGCUAUUGAGAUACCGAACCGAGACUUGCAGAUGAUAGACUUUAACACAUCCAAAGAGCCGUUUGUGGACGACUUUAACGGGAAGUUUACCUACUGGGACUGCGACGAGUUGACUUUAUAUGUCCAGAUUUUCUUCAAUGAUUGA